AUCUGAUUGUAGAUCCAUUCUCAAAUCAUUGAUACCUUCAGCCAACUCAUAAUGGUUAUUCUCUCUGAUACUGAAGGCGGAUCAUCAUCUUCUUCACCGGUUGAUGGACAUAUGUAUGACGUACUUUUAACCUUUAAUGGUACUGAUAGUCGUUAUAGUUUCCCUGAUCACCUUUAUAAGGCCCUUUGGGCUGCUAAAAUCACUACCCGUUUUGAUAAUAAACAGUUUCAGAUAGGGGCAAGAUUGAAACUAGAAUCAGAGACUCUGACUAAAACAUAUAGGGUUUCUCUUAUCUUGUUGUCGGAGAAUUACGCUAAUUCCAGAUGGUGCCUUGAGGAAUUGGUGCUGAUCCUGGAGCAAUGCUCGACAUCAAACCAUACUGUUCUCCCCAUCUAUUAUUAUGUUGAGCCCAGCGAUGUGAGGGAGCAACAAGGUAGCUUCGGAGAUGCCAUGGCCAGGUAUAGACAGGAGAUGGAGGGCGAGACAGAUGCAAAUAAAAAAAGUCAAUUGGCUGAAAAGAUUGAGCAAUGGAAUAAAGCACUUAAAGAAGUAGCUGAUUUAAGAGGGCUGCACGUAAAGGGCGGCAGGCUAGAGACGGAGAUUAUUCAAGACAUUGUUAGGGAUGUCAACCAUAUAUUACGCAGAUCCAUAAGAAGUCCUCUGCCUCUAGACCUGAGGUUUCAUCCCGAGAUGGAGCAGCCAAACCACCAUGAAAUCCCCCUCCAAGCCAUACAAAAUUCUGUUGCUUAUCAAUGCUUGCAAGAAACUCGGGAAGAACGACCUACAAUUGGUGAGGUUGCAUUCCAACUAAAGGAGGCCAUGAAAAUACAAUUGGAAGAUGAGAUCCUUUGAUAAGUUACACCUUUGAGGGCAUUGGAAUAAGGUGUGGUAGAUAUCCUAAACAGACGUCAUGGAACUCCGUGCUUGAUAUUCCCCUUGUUGAUUUUGUUUUAUGUUGUUGGACUAUUUUAUGAUCAGUGACAUCGAUGUUUUUUUUCAUCUUUAUCUUUAGUUUAUAACGUUUUUUUAUUUUUUUUUUAUUUUCCUGUCU